AUGAAUAUCACCAUGAUUGAAUUAUGGCCGACUCUUGGUGCAUUUGGAUUUUAUACAUGGGUUUACGCUAGAAUAUUUUGUAAUGACUCUAACUGGGUUUGGUUGAAUUCUUCGUCGAUCAAAUUCUCAUCUUCAUUCGAUUCUCCAUUAAGUGAAUCUGAGUAUCCAGAACCAUAUCUACCUCAAUUAUUCAUAACAUCAAAUCCAGAUCAUCAUUUUGAAAUAUUUACCGAUAUUUUAUUAUUAUCAUCAUUAUACAUGAAACCCGUAUUCGGUGAUUGUCUAUGGACAUCUGCAGAUUAUACAGAUUCUCUGAAUCAAACACAAACAACGACAAUCUAUUCGGGAUGGUUAUCACCUGAAAAACUGAAUGAAGUUGAACCGGAGCUACAUCACAACAUCUGUGUUGUCUUGCCACAACCAUUUCGUGUCAAUGGAAAACCGUACACAAUGUUUAUCAACAUUACACAAAACAAUAGUUUCCAUUGGCCAUCGAAUAUUUCUUGGUAUACUAUUCCAUCUCCAUCAUCGAAUGACAUAUCAAAAACAAAGCCGGUUUCAGAUGCUUGGUAUAACGAACUUCAAUGGCCAAAAGCAUUUGCAAACCAGUGGAGAUCGGAUAUGUAUCGAUUAAGUGGUAUAUAUCCACUUGAGUACGAAAAUACAACACAAAUCUAUCUGAGUCGUAAAUCUUCUAUACAAACCAAUAAUCAAUUAUUAGAUUUGAUCGCUUAUCUCAUUGAACGAUACAACAAACUGGAUAUUCGGACGGAAAAACAGAUUUUUCACUGGCGAAAUAUUACACAAGCAAAUCUUAUUGCUUACAUACCAGCUAACGGAUCUUACACGUGUCAUGAACCUGUACUUUUUAUCGAUCACAUCGACACUGCAUUUGAAGGAGAUACAUUCGCCGAUACGGGCAAACGACAGUCAACACCAGGUGCUGAUGAUAAUGUUAGUGGUAUGCUUGCUUUACUGCAAUCAGCUUCGAUACUGAAAAAAACGCAAGAAAAAGCGUGCCGUGACAUAUGGUUAGUGCAUAUGACAGGUGAAGAAUAUCCCGCGGCUAGUUUGGGUAUCAGCCAUUUCCUACAGCAAUUAUUUAUAAAAAAGCAACCGAUUCAUACGGCCGUCAUUGUUGAUAUGAUAGGUCAUCGUGUCCAUCGAAGUGAUCCUAUUGUUCAAGUUAACGCAGGAGAUACAACUAAAUCAUUACUCAUGGCUGAAUUAGCUCUUAAUUAUGUUUAUCCACGAAUCAAGAACGAUUUAAUCUUGCAGAAUUUACAGCCAGUACUACGUCGAUGGAGUGAUCCCUUUGCGUAUUUGUACAAUACUGACGGUGUCAGUAAGCCUGUGAUUGUUCAUACACAGUACGGUGAUGUAUUAGGUUAUCAGACUGAUUCGGCUCGUGUCUUCUAUGGUAUCCCAUUUGCUCGACCACCUAUUGGAACAUUGAGAUGGCAGCCUCCAGUACCUGUCACCAAAUGGUAUCCCAAAGUGAUCAACGCUACUCAAUCACCACCUGCUUGUGCUCAACCAGCAAGUGCUAUAACUACUAUUGUCACUCCAAGUACUGUAAGUUUUAUAUGUGUACUGGGCUUUUUGGCAACCGGAAACGGUUCCAAUGAUAUCAGAGGUAAUUAUGGCAUACUCGAUCAACGUCUGGCUAUUGCAUGGAUCAAAGCCAAUAUUGAAGCAUUCGGUGGAGAUUCAAAUGAGAUUACACUAUUCGGUCAAAGUGCUGGUGCUCAGUCUAUUGCUCUGCAUUAUGUUACAAAUGAGAUGCAGCCAUUCUUUCAGCGAGCAAUUAUCCAAAGUGCACCAAUGACAGUUCCAUUCAGAACAUACCUCGAAUAUGUCACACCCAGUGUUCUCUUUGCUGAACAACUACAUUGUGGUACUGGCGAUAUAGCAUGUUUUCGAAACCGUUCUACCGACGACAUCAUUGCUGCUCAAAAUACUGUGAAUGGCAUGUUGACUUCAUUGAAUGUUCUGCUCUUCUUCGAACCAUGGCUACCCGUUAUUGACAAUGUGAUUGUUCAUGGCCAACUUAUAGAUACUGUGUACAAUACAUCAUUUCCUCUGAAACCAUUAAUUAUUGGUACAGUCACUGAAGAAUGUCGAGAUUUUAUUUAUGGAAAAUGGCAAAAACCGAUCUCGCCUAGUGAAUAUAUUGCAAUAGCCCUAGUCAUUUUUCAGGAAAAGGCAUUCAAAAUUCUCAAGAAAUAUCCGCCAGUCGGUUCAGGCGACCAACGACCGCUUGUAUCUCGUGCUGCCACACAAUGGGUGUUUGCUUGUUCGACUAGAGUCUUCGCUCGAAAAGGUGCAACGUAUUCUUACGUUUUUGGUUAUCCAUAUGAUACGGAAAAUUUGAGAAAUCGGAUAGAAUGCAGUGAUCAUGCCUGUCAUGCUGAUGAAAUACCCUUUCUUUUUGAAUCAUCUUGGGCAAAUUUUACUGAUGCCGGUCGACGUGUAUCUCAAAUUGGAUCAACAACAAGUUUUGAUUGGAUUACACGAAUUCAAACAAUUGUUCAAAAUUCUAAUAGUGAAACAAUUAGUUUUGAUAAACUUAAAAAAGAAUUAAUCAAACCUGAUUCAGAUAAAUCAACAAAAGAAUUAACAAUUGAACUUGAAAAAAAAUUAACCAAAGCUCCAUUUAUUACACGAAUUGGAAAUGAUAUUUAUUAUCUUUAUUAUUUUAAAAAUGAAAAGAUUAAUACAUAUUUAUGA